UUCUUAACUAACUAAUAUGGUGCUGGGUUGUCGGCUGCUGAGCAUAAAAUAAAGGAAGGAAUUUUGGUGAGAUGGAAGAAAUAUUAGUUAAGCAUGUCAGAAAUAUUAACGGCCACCCAAUUCAUAUGAAUAAAUUGGACAGCAAGUAGUAGUGAAAAGAGAGAGAGAUGGAAGAACACACAUGCAGCAGUGAGUUUGCAGGUGUUAAUAUAAUUUCAACCUCAUGCUUCCUAAUCGGCUUGUUGGUGACGCUGAAGCACUUAAUCUCCCUUUCCAAAUGGAUCUUCGCCACCUUUCUCAGAUCCCAAAUAGACCUAAUCAGAACAUACGGUUCCUGGGCCAUGGUCACCGGAGCAACCGACGGAAUCGGAAAAGCCAUGGCUCACCGCUUAGCACACCGAGGACUCAACAUCAUCCUCGUCAGCAGAUCCUCCAAGAGGCUCCAAACCGUCGCAACUGAACUCCAAGCACGCCACCCUCACAUCCUCGUCAAGGCCAUCCAGAUGGACUUCUCCGGCGACAUAGCGGAGGGUCUCCGGCAAAUAGCGGCGGCCACACGCGAAUUGGACCUCGGGAUACUGAUCAACAACGUGGGGAUCACGUACCCUGGGGCUAUGUUCUUUGACCAAGUGGAAGAGAAGGUGUGGAGGAAGAUCUUAAAGGUGAAUGUGGAAGGAACGACGAGGUGCAGUUACGUGGAUCAGCUAUCAAGAUCUCUGCACGUCGAGUAUAAACAGUAUGGGAUUCACGUCCAGUGUCAGGUACCACUGUAUGUAGCAACGAAGAUGGUAUCAAAGGUAGCAUGCAUAGAGAAAGAUUCACUUUUCAUUCCAACACCAGAGGCUUAUGCAAAAGCGGCCAUGCGUAAAAUUGGACAUGGGCCAAGGUGCACUCCUUAUUGGGCUCACUCUGUUCAGUGGUUCUUUGCAGGCUUAGCCCCGGACCCACUUCUCGAUUCUUGGCGCUUUUCUAUCGCAAUGCGCCGCUGGAAAGGAAUCCAAUAAUCAUACCUCAGUUAAUCCUAUAUAUUAGGGAAAUUAUUUGACAAAUAUUACAAACUUCAAAGUGUAUUCUACAUCUUACUUAUAUGGCGCAUAAUACCUAUUUGUAUGGGGCUCCAUGAAAGAGAUACUUCAUACUUAUCAUAAGUGAUCAUAGUGUUGGUAAAAAAUAAUUGAAUUCGAAGAAGAAGAUUAUUCGAAUUAUUAAGUAAGUUUUUAGAAAAGGAAUUAGUGUUGAAAAAGAUGUAUUUGGAGGCAUUAAGUAAGAGUUCGAUUAGCUCAGUAAAUCGAGGAGUUAUUUGAGUUAAGAAGAUCGAAGAUUCUUAAAAUUAAAGGUUAUUUUACAGUCAUUACAUGAUCAUGCAAAAGAGCGGGAACGGUUAUUUGUGUUUACAUACAUGGGAUUUUCAUUUCAAAUUGAUCUGUUAAGAAAAUUGCUAUAAAUACUAGAAGGCUCGAAGUCAUAAAUGUUGAAACUUUGCUUGAGAAAUUAUUCACGCA